AACAAAUGUAUAAGGGUGUAGGUGUUAACAGAGAUGAACGUCGUGACAUGCCAAAAGCUGAGAGAUUGUAUAUGAAGAGUUUAACAUGUGGCUUAAACCAGAGGAAGUGCUUCUUAAAAAUGCGCUGAAGUUAUGGGUGACGGAAAAAUCCAAUGAUUAUUUCAUUCUGCAGAGGAGACGAGGGUAUGGAGAGGGCAGCGGCGGACUUACAGGUCUGUUGGUGGGAACCUUGGACACGGUUUUCGAUUCCACGGCGAAGGUGGCUCCGUUCCGCAUCCUGCACCAGACCCCGGACUCCCAGGUCUACUGGACUAUAGCAUGUGGGGCCUCUUCAGAGGAGAUCUCCCAGCAUUGGGACUGGCUACAGCUCAACAUCAUGCGAACGUUAUCUGUGUUUGACUCCAGCGAUGACAUAACCAGCUUUGUCCAGGGCAAAAUUCGAGGUCUGAUAGCGGAGGAGGGAAAGGCCAUGGGACAGGAGGAUGACCCUGAGCGGUUCCGUGAGGCAGUUCUGCGGUUUGAGCGUUUGUUUGGUCUGCCUGAGCGGGAGAAGCUGGUCACCUAUUACUCCUGUAGUUACUGGAAAGGCAGAGUGCCCUGUCAGGGCUGGCUGUACCUCAGCGCCCACUUCCUCUGUUUCUAUUCCUACCUGCUGGGAAACGAGGUGAAGUUAGUAUUGUCAUGGGAUGAGAUCAGUCGUCUGGAGCGGACGUCAAGCGUGUUGCUGACGGAGAGUAUCCGCGUGUGUGUGAGAGGGGAGGAUCAUUUCUUCUCCAUGCUGCUCAGGCUCCAGCAGACCUUCCUCCUCAUGCAGCAGCUGGCCGACUACGCCGUCAGACGCCUCUUCGACAAAGAGUGCUUCAGCCCGGAGCAUCCACUGGCUGACCCCCUACACAUCACACAGAGAGCUCUGGAGAUCCACGCAAGGAACGAGUCAUUCCGUGCAUUUUUCCGCCUCCCUGCGGAGGAGAAUCUUCUAGAAGUUUAUGAAAGUUUCCUGUGGGUUCCAUUCAGUCAUUUUAAUGUGCUGGGGAAGAUCUGUGUCUCUGACAACUACGUCUGCUUCGCUAGUCAGGACGGCACCCAGUGUCACGUCAUCAUUCCUAUGAGAGAGGUGUUGAGUGUGGAGCUGCCUGACCGCAGUAGCCGUGCGCUAAGUGUGUGUUUACGGGGGAAGAGAGCACUACGCUUCAGUGAGGUUCGAGAUUUUGAACGUCUGGCUUCCACCAUCCAGAGGAAGUGUGGCACAUCAGCCAGCCCUCAACAUUCUAUAUCCAGCCAGAUGCCGUUGACUGAUGACGAGGAGGGUGUGAUGAUAGGUCAGAGCAGUCAGACGGUCAGCACUGAAGCUCUAAUGAACGUCUUUCAUCCACACGACGCCGAAAACCUCGACCCCAAAAUGCUGAAGGAGCGAAUGAAGGAGCAGUCGUGGCAGAUCCACUUUUCCGAAUAUGGUCGUGGUUCUGGAAUGUUCUGCACCAAGAAAACACGUGACCUCAUUAUACGUGGUGUCCCUGAGACACUUAGAGGAGAACUCUGGAUGCUUUUUUCAGGCGCGGUCCAUGACAUGGCGGCACACCCAGGUUAUUACACUGGUCUGUUGGAGGCCAGUGUGGGCAGUAGUUGUGUGGCAACAGAUGAGAUUGAGCGAGAUCUCCACCGCUCUCUGCCAGAACAUCCUGCCUUUCAGAGUGACACAGGAAUAUCUGCCCUCCGCAGAGUCCUCACUGCCUACGCACACCGCAACCCUAAAAUCGGUUACUGCCAGGCGAUGAAUAUCCUGACCUCUGUGCUGUUGUUGUAUGCAAAAGAAGAGGAGGCCUUCUGGCUACUGGUGGCUGUGUGUGAGAGAAUGCUGCCGGACUACUUCAACCGCAGAAUCAUUGGUGCGCUGGUGGACCAGGCUGUUUUUGAGGAGCUGAUUCGUGAACAUUUGACCCAGCUCACGGAUCACAUGACGGAUCUAUCCUUCUUCUCCUCCGUCUCGUUGUCGUGGUUCCUCACCCUUUUCAUCAGUGUCCUGCCCAUCGAGAGCGCCGUGAACGUGGUCGACUGUUUCUUCUACGACGGCAUCAAAGCCAUCCUGCAGCUCGGCCUGGCCGUGCUCGACUACAACAUGGAUGCCCUGCUCUGUUGCCAUGACGACGCCGAGGCCGUCACCAUCCUUAACAAGUUUUUUGACAGCGUGACAAACAAAGACAGCCCCCUACCCGUCACUGUCCAGCAGGCCUCAAUGGCAACCAAUGACAAAUCAGCUCACCCCAGAGUCGACAUCACUGACCUUAUCAAAGAGGCAUACGAGAAAUACGGAGACAUCCGCUCAGAGGAGGUGGAGAGCUCGAGAAAGAGAAACAAGCUAUAUGUGAUUCAGACACUAGAGGACACAACUAAACAGAAUGUGCUCAGAGUUGUGGCCCAAGAGGUGAAAUUUAGUGUCUCUCAGCUGGAUGACCUCUACUGCCUAUUCAAGAGGCAGCACUUUGUGAGCUGUUACUGGUCUGUGCGUAGCCCAGCCCUACAGCAUCACGAUCCUAGUCUACCAUACUUGGACCAGUACCAACUAAGCCUCGCCCAGUUUAGCACUCUCUUCAACCUCCUGCAACCGUGGGGCACCACUACCACAUACUCCCACUCCCACACACACUCCCACUCGCAGGCACACAACCUUGCCCGUUCAGCAUUCAGUCUGUUGGAUGAAAACCAGGACGGACUGGUGAACUUUAAAGAAUUCUGCUUUGCCCUGGAUAUCCUGUACAGUGGGUCAUUCACGGAGAAGUUAAAGUUUCUCUUUAAACUGCAUCUGCAGCCUGUGAGUUCAUCAGACUCUACAGAACAAGCUGUAAUCAGAAAAAGCCCAGAAAAAGGUCGGGGGAAGGUGGAUCUUCAGGAGUAUUUGAAACAGUGGCAGGAAGAGAUACAGAAGAAAGAGGAGAGCAUUAAAGACUUACCCAGAAUCAACCAGUCCCAGUUUAUCCAGUUGUCUAAGACACUAUACAGUCUAUUUCACGGUGACAGUGAAGAAGAGUCUCUGUAUCGUGCCGUCGCACGUGUCACCAGCCUCCUGCUGCGGAUGGAGGAGGUGGGACGCCGGCUCCAGGACGCCAGCCCCCCUGGCACUCCCCUCGGCCCCCCCAAGAGCCCGCUCAGCCAGCCCGAGACCCCCUCCAGUCCCCCGGUCAUCUCCCCGAACCCCCCCACGAAUGUGCCAUCCCCUGACGCGGAGACCAGCAGCCCCACUCAAACCUAUAGCGACGCCGCUGACCCUUCCAGUUCGGCUGAACCCUCCACAUCCUCCCCGGGGAGUUCUCCAGACCCCCCCAGCCUGCCCAGCCCCAUAAUCCCCCCCAGCACCCAGGACGGGGAGUGGUCAUUCUCCUUCGAGCAGAUUCUGGCUUCGCUGCUUAAUGAGCCAGUGGUGGUCAGCUUUUUCGAGCAGCCAGUGGAUAUGCAGAGCAGACUGGAACACGCCCAGAGAAACCAGCUCAGAUCAGCACAAUGAACACACACACACACACACACGCGCACACACACAGGCACACACAUAGGCACACACAUACACUGG